GUUGAUGGGUUUUUCCGAUUGUUUCAGCAGUAGCAAAUUUGUUGGUGAAUCUCAUUGGCGUUUGGUUCUUCAGAAAUUAUGCUCAAAAUAAUCAUGUAUAUAGAAAGGCUGAAGAUAUGAAUUACCACUUAGUUUGCUUACCUGUUCUUGCAGAUUCCAUUCGCAGGUUUAAUUUUAGCUUCGUGGUUUUUGUCCCUUGGGUAAUUUCUUAUUUCAUAUCUUGGGAAAGACUUGUCCUCACUUACCUCAUCCAUGUUCAACUAAUAUAAUUUCUACUAUUAUUCCUCUUUGCAGGGUCAACAAUGCUGAAGUUUUAUGUUUGGGAUUAGUUUCAGUAGCAGUCUUCAUGCUUGUCAUGUCUCUCUUCAAAGCUACUGGGGGUGUAUUGCCUCAAAUGGCACCACAGCGUUGAGCAAAUGCUGGCAGCAGGUUCUCUCUUUUCCAACAAAUUUGUGUUUUUUAUUUGUAAUUUUCAUGUUUGAAAAUUCAAUUUCUGAUUAGAUUACCUCUUGUGAAGAUGUUACAGAAGUUUCCCAAGCUCGCUUUUGGGAACUAGUACCUGGUCAUGCCACUGGCUCAAUUUCACUACUGGUAUUUCACUGUUAUUCUUUUAUGUUCUUUUUGUGUUUGCUUUCUGCAGCACUGAAAACAUAUCUAAGUUUCUUUUGGUUUUGGUGGCUAUAAGGUUAAGAAACAAAUGGAUGAUCGGCCAGUUCUUGAGAUCGUGCAUAAUUUGUUCCAUGAUUUGGGAACGCAGCAAUUGACAGUGCAGACUGGUAAUGAAUGAGCUUCGACCUUUUUCUUUCUUCCCUUUUUUUUAGUCCCUGGAUUUCUACAAUGGCUGACUGAUGAGAAAACUUCAUAACUGGUUCAUAACUGGAAUCACUUUCUCAAUACUCGAUAAAAACAAACUUUGGAA